UCCUUUGCUUGGAAGGAACCACCAGAAAUAGUUGCAGGUCCUAAUUGCCAAUUAUUAUUACUAAUGUGAAAUUAUUAAUUUGGAUCUCUGAAUAUUUGCUGGCUUGAAACUUAACUCGAGGCGCUCACGAUGGAAGGACCAAGCAGCGGCUCGCUUCGUGCUGUGCCGUUCAGAGGCUCUUCAAAUGCCUGAAUGGUUCUUUCUGGAAUUGCUUGCACUGAGAAGGAUUCGGGCUGUGAAAACAUUCAGCACCUCACCUUACGAAGAUGGCACUGUUGAAAGUCAAAUUCAACCAGAAGAAACGGGUAAAACUAGCUCAGGGGCUAUGGCUCAUGAACUGGUUUUCAGUGUUUGCUGGAAUCAUUGUUUUUAGCAUGGGACUGUUCCUCAAAAUCGAGCUCCGCAAGCGAAGCGAAGUGAUGGACAAUGCUGAAAGCCAUUUUGUGCCCAAUUCUUUGAUAUUGAUGGGUAUAUUAUCCUGCGCCUUCAACGGUUUUGCUGGCAAAAUUUGUUACGAUUCUCUGGAUCCCACUAAAUUUGCCAAGUGGAAGCCUUUUCUGAAACCUUACUUGGCAUUAUGCUUCCUGUUUAACAUCCUCAUUUUCUUGGUGGCUCUGAUCUGCUUUCUCAUGCGAGGCUCUCUGGAGAGCACCCUGGCUCACGGUCUCAAGAACAGCAUGAAGUUCUACAGGGACACAGACACCCCUGGAAGGUGCUUCAUGAAGAAGACAAUCGACAUGCUCCAAAUUGAGUUCAAAUGCUGUGGAAACAACGGCUUCAGAGAUUGGUUUGAAAUUCAGUGGAUCAGCAACAGAUACCUGGACUUCAGCUCCAAGGAAGUGAAAGACCGCAUCAAAAGCAACGUGGACGGGAGGUACCUGGUCGACGGCGUCCCCUUCAGCUGCUGCAACCCCAGCUCCCCGCGGCCCUGCAUCCAGUACCAGAUCACCAACAACACGGCUCACUACAGCUACGACUACCAGACGGAGGAGCUCAACCUGUGGAGCCGCGGCUGCAGGGAGGCCCUCCUGCACUACUACGCCAGCAUGAUGAGCUCCAUGGGCGCCGUCGUCCUCCUCGUCUGGCUUUUCGAGGUGUCGGUGAUGGUCGGCCUGCGGCUGCUGCACACCUCCCUGGAGAGCAUCAGCAACCCCGAGGACCCCGAGUGCGAAAGCGAGGGCUGGAUUCUGGAGAACAGCCUGAAAGACACUUUCAAGUCCACGUUGGAGAGCUUGAAAAAGAUGGGUAAGUUCAACCAGGUGGAAGCAGGGGCCGAAGGGGCUGAAGGAGACGGCGGAAAGACUCCAGCCAUCGCAACGGUCAGUUGA